AACUUGAAGUCGGGACGUGUCUGCCGAGCGUCGACAUGCACAUGUAAGUACAUGUACGUACAAGGAAAGCCCGUUCAACGUUCGCAGAUUUACGCUGGUUGCAGCGGCCUGAGUACGUGUAUGUACCGUUCAUGCAUCUUUCAAUGACACGCUUGGUCGAGUUGCCGUCGCUCUCUUCGAGGAUCCUUUCCCGACGGUUUACGCUUCAGAUGGACCUGGCCAAGAGAGUUUGAUCUCCCCCGUGUAGAAGCUUAGCUCGGUGAUACCGCCGGGAAGACCAUUGUAGGAUGCCGUGGACGACGUAUAGGUCGUUUUCAUGUGCGCUUGUGCCAGAACGUCUUUGAAGCGAACUUGUUGCAGAAUGCCAAUGGAAGAAAGUUUGACAGCAGCAGUAGCAGGCCCGAGAGGAUCGCUAGUUGGCACGCAUGUGAAAAUACACCUCUCGGGCAUCGUGCUCUUUCUGCUAUGUUGCUGCUGCGGGGCGCGCUUAGCCGCUGGCGUCGAGGCGAGUGACCAACCUCAGGCUGGUGGAGUGCUGCACUUUGAGAGUGAUGACGCACUACACGGUGCUGGCGAUGAGCGGCUGCCUGGUGAUGGCCACGGCGGCGUUCGGAAACGGCGUCAAAUACCGACUGCAUCGCCCAGCCCGCCCCGUCACCAGUACACCAUUGUCCCGUACUACGACUCCAGUAUUGAUAGAUUGUCAAGAAGCGAGGCACGGCUUUUCAAGAAUGUCCUUGUGCCGGCUGCAGCCAAUUACCUGUCACGGGUGAUACGGCUGAACGCGACCUCUCCAGUAACCAUCUCAAGAGCAUGCAAUGGCACCAGCAGCUACGUCAACAAACAGGUGAACUGCGAUGGAGAUUGUGCUGCGGACACCAAAUGCGGCCCGGUGGUUGUUCCACAGGGACACCUGCGGGGUUGUUACUCUUGCAAGGCAUGUACGGGCACUGCUCCACUGUCAACAUGCUGUCAGCAGCUGACUGCUGAUGGUCCCGGCGUUGUUACUCAUCUGCUCCUCUACGUAUCGGCCAUCAACACCACGGCGUGUGCUAACGGCACCGCGCUGAUGGAAAGUCGGCAUUGCGAACAAGAGCUGACUCUUGACCGGCCUACCGCCGGCUACAUCAACUUCUGCCCACAGAACACUUUUUCGUUCGUCAACGGCGACUUCAAGGCAUCUGCGAACAGAGUGUUGCGCCAUCUGAUUCGUGUAAUGGGUUUCAACUCGGAACUUUUCGGCUACUUCCGUUCCGUGGACGGAACGCCAUUUACACACCGCAACUCUGAAGGUCUGCCGUACUUUUCCGGAACAUACGUAGUAAGUGACUUGACGCUACGGGAAAACUAUCCGCAAUGGCCCGUUGCCAAUGGAACCACCCUGCGACAUGCUGUGCAGCGGCUGGUUACACCGACGGUGAAGAGUGAAGUGCAAAAUCACUUUGACUGCACUAGGCUGGACGGAGCAGAGCUGGAACUACAGGCCGACAAGCAGAACCAGUGGGAGGAACGAGUUUUUCACAUGGAUAUCAUGAGCAGUGCUGUAGACUUCCACACGGCCAAGGUGUCACGCAUCACGCUGGCACUGCUUCAGGACACUGGGUGGUACAACGUUGACCUGUCCAUGGGUGAAGUGCUCCACUGGGGUCACAAGCAAGGCUGCGGGUUUGUUCUGCAGAACUGCCUGGGAUGGAUCAACACAGCGAAUGCAUUGGGACGUCCUUCGAAUCCGUAUUGCACAGAUUUGUACGGUCUGGCACCGCUCACGUGCUCCAACAGUCAUCACGCACUGGCCCGCUGCAACUUGCAGAUCUACCCGCAGACUGUUCCCAAAGACUAUCAGUAUUUCACAACGUACAUGGGUGUCCGGACGCCGUUUCACAUGGGUGGCCGCAACUACCUGGCUGACUAUUGCCCCAUGAUUCAGGAGUUCAAUAGCAGUGGAGAGGUGUCGCUCUGCAGUAAUCCCGAUGCUGCAACAGUGUUCAAGGAAAGCGUACAGGUGUUUGGACCCGGUUCUCAUUGCGCGCAGCACGAGAACGUGUGGGCGAAAACCGACCUGGCCACAGGCACCAAGACAAUGCUGUCGGACUUCACUGCCGGCUGUUAUCGCUUCAGAUGCCAGCAGAAACAGGUUGUGGUGGAGGUCGGUGGUAAAAACUUUACCUGCGCCUAUGACUCAGAAUGGCUAUCAGUCAGCGUGGAUGUGGCCGGGUUCAGGUAUGCCGGCACACUGGUGUGCCCACGGGCAGCAGAUAUCUGCACCGGCUAUGGGUGUCCUAACGACUGCUCUUACAACGGCGUGUGUAACACGGUGAACAAGACCUGCCAGUGUAGACCGGGAUUCUUUGGCACAGACUGCAGUUCCAGUUUCCUGGAGAUGUGGCAGGACUGCGCGUCGGCACCGUGUCGCAACGGCGGCAGCUGCACGGAAACGGCCGUGUCGUUCACGUGCUCCUGUCCACCGGGCUACACGGGCAGUGACUGCGGUGUGGACAUCAAUGAGUGUCAGUCACAGCCGUGCCGCAACGGGGCCACCUGCGUCGAUCUGAUCGGCGCGGUACGCUGCGCAUGCCCGUACGGCUUUACGGGGGCGAUGUGCCAGACUGACAUCAGCUUCUGCAAAUCGUCUCCGUGUCAAAACAAUGGGGUAUGUUCCGAGUCGGUGCGUAGCGGCGUCAAGACCAUAAUAUGCUCGUGCCCGGCGAGCCAUCGCGGCGAUUUCUGCGAGGAGAAGAUCCCGGACCAGUGCCGCAUUACGCGCUGCGUCAACGGCGGAACGUGUGUGUUGACGGGCGGCGUGGGCACGUGUAACUGCGCACCGGGCUACACCGGCGUGUUCUGUCACCUGCCGGUGGACUACUGCAUGGUGGAGCCGUGCCUGAACGCGGCCGCCUGUCACAACGGACGCGUCUAUCGCAACUGCACGUGCACGGCCGAGUACUACGGCGACGCUUGCCAGCACAAGAUAGUCCGCUGUUCGCCUGGCCUGUGUCAAGCAGGGGGCACAUGCCAGGACAGUGCCACGGGCGGUGUGUGCACUUGCCCGCCGUCAACGACGGGACGCUACUGCGAACAACAACUCUACUGCUACAGUGGCCCGUGUCAGCAUGGCUCCACGUGCAGCGAGACGCCGGGCAUCAGUUUCAACUGCACGUGUUCGGCCGGCUACACUGGAGCGCUGUGUGAAUCUGACAUCGACGACUGUCUCAGCACUCCGUGCAGGCACGGCGGCCAGUGCACGGAUGCAGUGAACGCCUACUCGUGCCAGUGCCUGGCCGGCUUCACGGGCUUCCGCUGUGAGGUGGAUAUGGACGAGUGUGCGCCGCGUCCCUGCGUCAACGGGCAGUGCCUCGACCGGGUCAACUCGUUCCUCUGUAACUGCAGUGCGGGCUACACGGGCGCUCUGUGUCAGACGGACAUUGACGAGUGCCAGGCGAAGCCGUGCGCCAACGACGCGACCUGCACGGACCGCGUCAACGCGUACGACUGCCAGUGCAAGAGCGGGUACACGGGCAAGAACUGCGACGCCGACGUGCUGGAGUGCGAUUCGAAUCCGUGCGACGCCACUGGUGCGUUGGGCUGCGUGGAGGGCAUCGCCAUGUACACGUGUGCGUGCAGGGCCGGCUUUACAGACCCGGUGUGCUCGUCCAACAUUGACGAAUGCGGCAGUUCGCCGUGUGGAAGUGGCUCCUGCACGGAUCUUGUGGACGGGUACUCUUGCUCCUGUUCCCCGGGUUCCACAGGUGCACGCUGUCAAACUGAUAUCAAUGAAUGCACGUCGAUGCCAUGUCUUAGCGGGGGCACAUGCAUCAAUGCAAUUGGCCGCUUUAAAUGCCUUUGCCCCGUGCACUGGACCGGAGUGACGUGCGAGACGUACGUAGAUCCGUGCUCGGUGCUGUCGUGCUCCAACGGCGGAACCUGCUACGUGGAUGGCAGCAGUGGCGGCACUGCGAAGUGCCUGUGUCCCGUCGCGUUCACCGGCACCCAGUGCCAGGCCAGCGUCACCACUGCCCCUGUGAGCACGACCACCGCAACACCGACGACCGUGCCCGCGACGACGCCUUCUUCCGUGAGCCCAACGCACUGCUCCCAGACGAGCUGCAAGAAUGGUGGCACGUGCCAGUCGCUAUCCGGUGUCUGCAGCUGCCUCUCAGGCUACGUGGGUGACAGUUGUGAAACCGUGGUGACCGACUGCUCCUCCAUGACGUGCUCCAACGGAGGCACAUGCACAUCACAUGACGCUGGCAUCACUGCAGUGUGUGAAUGUGCGAGCGGGUUCUUCGGUGAUCUCUGCCAGGGCACACCGUGCACGCCGAACCCGUGCGGCACUGCAGCUUGCCACGCCAUCAGCGAAGCCCAGCACGAGUGCAUCUGCCCGGCCGGCAAGUUUGGCCCGGCGUGUACGGACAGUGUCCGCGUGAACCACUGCCUGUCCGCGCCGUGCAAGAACGGUGCAACGUGCACCAGUUUCGGCUCCCAGUUUGCAUGCAAGUGUGCUCCGGGGUUCACCGGACACCACUGUGAGACGAACGUCAACGAAUGCCUAAGCUCGCCGUGCCGCAACAACGGUAUCUGCCGUGACGGCGCUAACGGGUUUACUUGCCUGUGUCCCAAUGGUCUGACGGGUGUGCAGUGUGAGAUCUUGCUGGAUGCGUGUCUGUCCACGCCCUGCCAGAACGGUGGCAAGUGUACGGGUGGUGCCGGACGCUACGCCUGCGAAUGCCCUCCAAAGUACACCGGAGAUCACUGCCAGAUCCCGGCCAGUCAUUCAUGCGAGCUACUGAACUGCAAGAACGGCGCAACGUGCGAACGCCAUAGCAACGGUACGGUCGCAUGCGUUUGCCAGAACGGAUUCGGCGGCUCGCAGUGUGCGAGCAGCGUCCAUGCGUGCUCAUCGUCACCGUGCUAUUUCGGCGGUGAGUGCAUUGGCAGCGUGCAGGCCCCGGACUGGUUUGCGUGCAACUGCAGCGGUGGUUACCGUGGCGACCGCUGCGAGAUUGCCGAAGUGUGCUAUCCCAGUCCGUGCCAGAACGGCGGGCACUGUGGCCCCGAUGACACGUCCGAGUACAAGUUCACGUGCCGGUGUCCGUUCGGCUACGCCGGCCCGUUCUGUGAGGUGCUGAACGACCCGUGCUCGAGCAACCCCUGCGCUCUGGGCAGCAUCUGCUCCAGGACGAUAACGGGCAAGUAUCACUGUUCAUGCGCGUUUCCCAGCGCUGGUCCGAACUGCCGGAGCAGCACCGAUGCUGCCGGCUACUCUGGCGCUGGACUGUCCAUGGUGCGACUCGACGUGCCCGUAAAGCAGAGCUCGUUUGGCAUUCGCCUGGACGUGAGGCCCAGCACUGGCGAAGGUCUGGUUCUGGCAAUGUUCUGGAGCUCUGACGGUGGACAAUCUGGCGACUUCCUGGCUCUGGGGCUGGUCGGUGGCAGGAUCCUAAUAAGGUACCAGCUGGGUGGCACGGCAGGCAGUGCCUUAGCAACCAAGAUACUGGCAGUGGAGAAAUGGCUGGUAGUCGGGGUUAUGAUGCACGGUCACAUGCUGCAGAUAAUGAGUCAUGAUGCGUCUGACACCCAUCGCACUCCCACGCCUCUGGACGUCAAAACAUCACUGCUGUACGUUGGUGGGGUGAGCGACGACCUGCUGCAACGCACACAGUUUGCGAGUAACUUCCGUGGUUGCAUCCAGAACAGCAUCGUGCUAGCGAUCGGCCACACCGCAAGCCUCGCCGAUCUGUCCAAGGUGACGCACUUUGCCGUGCAAGCCUGCGAGGAAUCGCCCUGUGCGCGGCUAAACUUCAGCUGCGCCAACGGAGGCAGCUGUCAUGCUCAUGGCACGGAGUUCGUCUGCAGCUGCCCACUUGGCUUUGGCCGGCGGGACUGCAAAGAAGCCUUGCAGUUCUGGCGGCCACAGUUCCAGGGAGUCUCGUUCUUGAGCAUUAAGCCAGUGGCAGCCUCCAGUGGCCUGUACUCCAGGUUCGAAGUUAUCUUCCGUCCGCAGCACUCGGACGGUCUGGUCAUCCUGGGAAUGCAGAAGAAUGAUGGCGUGGGUGAUUUCCUGUCAAUAAGUCUAAGCGCCGGAAUAGUCCAGUUCAGAUUUGAUUGCGGCGGUGUUCCGGUGGUGAUCCGCUCAGCAUCUCCAGUAUCACUGCACCAGUGGCAUAACGUAACCGUGUGGAGAGAUGGCGCUAAGGGCUGGCUGGUGGUGGACGAUGGUACGGCGGUGUUUGGCCAAUCAACGGGCCCGAUGAAGCAACUGGAUCUCCUGUACGGAUUGUACAUCGGCGGACACCCGUCGGAUGUUCUUCCGCCGGUCGCUGCCACACCGAGCGGUCUCACGGUUCCGUUCCGAGGCUGCGUUGCGUUUCUCGCCGUCAACAACGAAGUGCAGAACCUGGCCUCGUCGUCCAAGAGCAUGGAGGCAUCGUCCGGCGUGGCGGAGUGCGGCGACAGUACAUUCUGCUCCGGUACCUGUCAGAGCAAUCGUCGCGGUGUGUGCCGAGACGACGCUACGGGAACGCCCGCGUGCGUUUGUCCAUUGUCGACCGGCGGUCCUACAUGCAGCGAUGCUGUUGCCUUCAAGUCUGCUUCGUUCGCUGGCGUGGGCCAUCUCACGCUGGACGCGGCGAUGUACAACAUCAGCGACUUGGCCACCGACAUUGAUCUGCAGCUGAGGCCGACACAUGGCGACGGAGUACUGCUAGCGCUUACUCAGGGAGAGCCUGGGGUGGAUGGCGUCGACUACAUCUGGCUAUCGAUGGCCAACAGAACAUUGAGUCUGAGAGUGAAUCUCGGCAGUGGUCCAGUGUCAGUAUCAUCUGGUCUUAUCAACUUGAACAGCUGGACAAGGGUUCAGAUAGUCAGAAACCAGAGGAACGUUAUUCUAGUUGUUGGUGGAAGCUCUCACCGCGCUACAACUCCUGGAACGGCCGUAGGUCUGACCGAUGCCACUCAGCUGUACCUGGGCGGUGUACCGGCCGCCACUAUCAACCCGUACGGUCUCGGCAUGGCGUUCGGCCUGCGCGGAUGCAUCGCGGGCGUGCGCGUGGGCGGCGUCCCGGUUACGUCACUGGAAACGGCCGCAGUGGAAGCCGACGGCGUCAGCGAGUGCACCAGCACGCCGCCUGUCUGAGGAUUCCAUGCGUCCGCCUGCUGGAGGCGAUGCUCCUAACACAUCUCAAUAGAAUUACGACACCAGAUGGCCUGUUGUCGUGUUCGUACACGCGCCAAGCCCGUAUACAUUUUGACAUUUUCAACGGAUAGUCUUGAGAUAAAGAGAGAUAUCUCCCAGUAUGUGGGCUGCACGUGAUAGUACGUGCAUCCGAAGUACAAUUAGAGGUCUGUUGACGCCUUGAUCAUAGGUUAUAGGUCGAUUGCUCAUACAUAUAGUUUGCCCGCAUAAUUUCUGUUCACCAUUGGCAUUGAUGUUAGCCUUGUAGUAUGAUCCAGUGCAGGCGUUAUUCAAUCAUGGCAAGCCAUCCUCUCCAGUGCUGCCAUGUUCAUAGCUUGCUUACAAGUUCUUGAUGUAACUGACAUAUUCAGCUGUCCACUCCAAUCCCGGCAAUUCUUUUAGACAUAUUUAUCACAAAUUCUGCAUUUUCAAAAUUGUUCUGCUUCAACGGCCCGGGGUUUCCCCGGAUUCGAUCUUUACUCAAUCUAUCAGAGUUUCUCUUCUUACUCCAGGCGUACAAGUGUUCUGAAUACAUGUAUUUCAAUGAA